CACACACCAUACAUGUUACAAGCAACUCACACAAAGAACAUGCAUUUCAUCUAUUUACUUUCAUCUUGUUAAUCUCUAACUCUUGUACAUCAGAACUUAAUAACACAGCAAAAUAUGGCCUCCCUUCCUUUUGCCAUUUCCUCUCUGACUCUGCUCUUUCUCAUUUCCCUGUUUCCAUCAUCCACCCUUUCACAAGACCCCAACUCCUCAAUCCCAACCGUAGCGCAAUGCGCUCCUCAGCUGCUUCCACUGGCCACAUGCGCACCAUUUGUGCAAGGCACCGCCCCAUCACCUGCAAAGUCAUGCUGUGACAACCUCAAUCUGGUCUAUAGCCAGCAGCCUAGAUGCCUUUGCCUUUUGCUCAACAGCACUACUCUGAGCUCUUUCCCAAUUAACACCACACUAGCUCUUCAGCUGCCUGCUCUUUGCACCCUUCCAGUUGACGCCUCUGCUUGUUCGCGAGCACAGGUGCCACCUAGUACUCCUAGUUCUCAAGUUUCCUUUGGGGCAAACAACACCUCACCUGCUACUAACACUACAGUGGCUGCUUCUCCAAUGGUUCAAGCUCCACCGCCAAGACCAACCAUGAUGGGGGUAGGGUUUGGCAGAAACGCAAGUACUGGUCUGAAAUCAAAGACUGGAAGUUAUCUCGCAGUGAUGUUGAUUAUGGCUGGUUUUCUGAUGCCAGGAAUUCUGUUUUGAGUGUGAUUGUACUAAUUCUACCCUAUUAUUGUCAUGUAUGGGUUCUUAUGGUGUGUUUACAAACAUUAAUUAUAUAUUACUUAGGAUCAGUAUGGCAUAUUAUUAGGUUUGCAAAAGUAACCUCUAUCAGUACAAGUAUCAUUUCAUUCUGAGGUUAGUCA